AUGCCGAAAGUGCUCAAAGGUCAUCAUACAGAUAAAUGCGAAAGUGGAAUUGCCUGUGAUAAAUGUAUCAAUUUGAUGCUUCACAUUGACAAUUAUAAAUCUUAUUUGAAUCCCGAUGCUAAGCCCUUUUCGGGUACAAAUUCAUCAAGAUUAAAUAGUAACAAUCAGUCUUUGUCUGUGAAUAAAAAUGUCAGCUUUGUGUCAGCCCAAUGUCCUGUACAGCUUAUCAACGUCAAAGAUGUAAAUGGUGAUAAAAGGGAGGCAUUGGUGUUUGAAGAUUCUGGAUCAGAUGUUUGUUUAAUUCGAAAAGAUUUUGCACAGAGGCUCGUACUACACGGCGAGGAAAUUACCUUGAAUAUGCUCCUUGCUGGAGGAGAACGGAAAAUAGAACUUUCAGAAACGUUUCCUAUUACAGUAUCGCCUAUCGAUUAUCCAUUAGUCGAGAAAAGUUUCAAAGUGUUCGUGGUGCAACAGCCUUGCAGUGAUCCGAAGAAGGUUUCUGUAAAAUCGUUAGAAAAAUUUAGUCACUUAAAACCAUUAAUUGAUAAACUGUAUCUAGAUGGAG